AUGGGUGGCUGCGCUGCUCCAUAUUAUAAUAAUUCAGCUGUCAAAGAUUAUGCAAUGAAAAGAUUUCCUAGAAAUUCUGAACGGCGAGAUGGAUGGUUAAAAAAUGUUAACCGAGAAGAUUGGGUUCAUUUUGCUCCAGAGAUGUGGCAACAAAGAGCUAAUGGUAAAAAAAAGUUAAAAUCAGAUGCUAUUCCGACAAUAUUUGGCUUUUUUAUCAAGAAGCAAAAUAAAUCAAUAGAGAAAAUGGACAAUAAUACGCAAAUUAUAGAAUUUAUCAAUGAUUCCAGAAAUGAUAAUGUUCAAAAUAAGGAACAAAUUAUUAUAAUUGAUAAUUCUGAGCCAGAUAUUCCAUCGAUACCAUGUAUUUCGCCUACAAUGGAAUCGAAUAGAAGUGAAGUACAAAUUUAUAGCAUCAAUAAUACAGAAUCUGUUGAAUUAAUCAAUGAUCAUUUAAUAAAGGAUGUCCAAAAUAAGGAACAACAGAUAAUUAGUAAAGCAGAAGAAAUAGGUUUUCGAGUUAAUUUUAUAACAUCGGAUAUUCAACAAAUACUGGCUUGUGGAAGUUAUUAG